GGCAACGGCAACCUGCAAGUUCGCCUCUGUGUGUAUCUGCUUUGCCCAGUUUCUUUUUUUUUUUUUAAUUCAUCUCUCCGAGUGCAAUAUCGGCGCGGGUAAAGAGGAUCGAAAUGGAAGUGUCCCAGAGCAGCUAAGUGGACGCCACCUGUGGAGAAACCACAAUGGCAGCAGCAGGAUGCCAAGCACAGCAAACUCCACCAUCAGCUGUGGCGAUCGAAGAUGCCAAGGGCUCCAUGAUUGCACAGUUCUACCAGGACCAAGUGGUCUUCCUCACAGGAGGAACAGGGUUCAUUGGAAAGGUUCUGCUGGAAAAACUGCUUCGGUCAUGUCCUGGUGUGAAGCAGGUCUACCUACUGGUGCGAGGCAAGAGUGGGGAAGGACCCGAAGCCAGGCUUGAAACAAUGCUCAAAUCUAAGGUGUUUGAGCGCCUUAAGCAAGAACAACCAGGUGCCCUUGAAAAAGUACGGGCAGUAGCAGGAGACCUGACUCAGCCGAACUUGGGGCUCAGCACAACUGACCAGGCUACCUUAGUUGCGAACGUCUCAGUUGUCUUCCACUCAGCUGCCACAGUCAAAUUUGACGAGCCUCUCAAACGGGCGGUUCAGCUCAAUGUUCUGGGUACACGGCGUGUAGUGGACCUUUGUAAACAAAUGCCAAACCUUUGUGCUCUUGUACAUGUAUCGACAGCAUAUUGCAACUGUGAUAAACCAGAAGUAGAUGAGGUGAUAUACCCCCCACCUGUAGAUCCCCAAAAAUUAUAGAAGCUGCUCAGUAAGUGGAUGGAUGAUAAGAUGAUGGACACUAUGAGUGGAUUCCUACUCGGGCAGCGGCCAAACACCUACACCCUUACCAAGGCGCUAGCCGAGUCACUGGUGCUUGACGAGAGAGAAAAGCUACCAGUCGCCAUAGUCCGGCCUUCCAUUGUCACUGCCUCAUGGCGGGAGCCCUUCCCAGGUUGGGUAGACAACUACAACGGCUUCACUGGUAUCAUAGUCUCGUGUGGGCUCGGCUUGUUGCAGUCGGUAAUUGUCGAAAAAGAUCGUAUAGCUGAUGUCAUUCCUGUGGAUGUUGUGGCUAACAUGCUCAUCUCUGUCGCCUGGCACACUGCCACAACAAGGCCAGAACAUGUUAGGGUCUACCACUGUACUAGUGGUACCUUACAGCGACAGACUUGGGGCGAGGUGACUGCGACGACGCAGAAGCUAAUUGUUCGGCACCCACUGCCCCACGUCAUGCGCUUCCCGAAGGUUGCUCUGACCAACAGUGCAGCGUGGCACAGUCUCAACUUGUACUGCCUCCAUUACCUGCCUGCAUGCAUAGGAGACCUUGCUUUGCAGUUGAUAGGACGCAAGCCCAGAUUCAUAUCCCUCUAUCACAAGGUUCGUAAGGGCAUCGAUGUUGUGCAGUAUUUUACAACUAACGGCUGGCUGUUCCGAUCAAACAAUGUGGUGGCGCUCGUGGAUGAGCUCUCCUCGACAGAUAAGCAAUUAUUCAACUUUGAUGUGCGAAACCUCGAAUGGUACUUGUACUGGGAACAGUACAUAUUGGGCAUUCGCAAGUACCUCUUCAAGGCUGAAGUCUCCAAGCUCCCAGAAGCGCGAAAACACAUGAAGUGGCUUUAUAUCAUGCACUUGUGUCUCAACCUGCUUGUGGUCACAUUUGUGUGGCGACUGCUCAUGACACGGUCGCAGACUGCGCGAAACCUCUGCUACUUCAUGCUGACCUUUGCCAUGAGGUUGUGCAAGAUGCUGCCCUCCCUGCGUACCCUGUGAUCUCGGCUGUCACAGAUGAUGCGGUGACAACUGUUCAGUGCAAGAUGACGUGCACCAACAACGACCACGGCUGCUGAAAACUGCCCAGCUGCCCCAGUGGCCACAGAGACUGUUUCAAAUGGCCACUCUUUCCCACCAUUCCUCUUGCUCCUGGCCAUGCAUACCCCUACGCAUUUGUCACUCGAGGAACUAAAUACCCUGGCAGCUUCAAGUGAACAUGGCUAUGUGAAUCCUAUAUGGCAACUCAAAAUGAAUGAGGUGUUGCUGCUGUCACUUAGGUCACUAUUGAAAACACUUUCCACUUCAUGGGCACUUUGUAUUUGCAUACACUGUAUGUGCUCAGAUUAGCCGAGCACACAUGCGCAGACAUGGUCUUUACACAGUGUUUACAAUACUACAUAAAAUAUUUACUAUCUCAGCAGUCUGUAACUAGCUGGACUUUCCAUGCCAACGCUAUUAUUCACUGCAGUCCAAGCACAGCUUUACCAUGCUGCAAUAUUGACAAAAUGCUGCUUGUAGCUGGCUUUCUCGGCAAGUUGCACACUGUGAAUUACAUUGCAGUGGAACCGUAUAGGGAAGUUGAGGCUCUCUACCUUAUAGGCAGCCUCUCCAAUUUUCCCCACGCUUAUACAAACUAUCAUUAAUCAUGAUAGGUGUAGAAUUGCUAUGUUAAAACUAAGGAGAACAGUUAUUCUUUCGUUGACACCUUAAACAUACCGAGGGCCAAAAUUUGUAACAAUUCUUCACUGUUUUUAUUAUUGCUGCCCUCUUUCAUGCACUCACACAAAGCUGCACCCUUGCCAUUGCCAGUAUCAGGUGCUUGAUGUGAUAGAUAAGAAAUGAAUAGAAUGAGAGGUGAAGAGUCCUCACAAAAUGUGGCCCCAGAUUUACCAUUUCUUGGCAUUCUUUGAAAAUAGUAGUUUCUCUUGCUAGCUCUCAGUCAACAGUAAUUGAGCUUAGCAGUACGUACUUCCUGCAUCUUGAAAACGUGUGCAUGUAUCUUUUUUUUUUUGGCAUCUCAAUGGUGGCGCAUAAAAAAUGUGAUAAGCUUGCGUUGCCCGAAUGAUUUUAGGAUAGUUUCAAACAGUGUAAACUUUCCAAUGCACUACAGUGUCUCCUUGUUCUUUGUUGGCUUUUUUUUUGUCAAAUGUUGGUUUCUUGCACCUGCAUGAAUAAUACAACUGAUCUUUUUUAAGGUGAUACAAGAUUAUACAAUCACAAAAUGUAGGAAUGCUGUUCAUUGCAAGUUUAUAUAUAAGCCUUUUUUUUUUUCAUGCUGACAUGUGGAGGUGUCAAUGAUUACUUGGGAGAGUUGUCUUAUUUUUCAGUGAGCAUAGAAUGUUGUUGGCAUUAAAUAUACAAAGCUUUAAAUUGGAGGCCUAGUCAUACUCUUUUUUUUUUAAGUCUGCAUUCUGUGUCUGCAAUACAAGCUUUCAUUGGUGAAUACUAAGCUUGUUCUGAAGCAUGGGGAUGCAGCGGCAAUUUUUCAGCUCCUUGCAGAGUGAACAGCGACAAUUGUUGGCAAAGCAAGAACGCUUGUCUCAGAUUCCGCAUCAACUUUUAUACAUCAGUAAGACCUUAGCAACAUUUUUUAAACUGCCAAUUGUUUCGAGUGCAAUAGUAGCGGAAUUUCGGUUUUUACUCAACUGCCUAGAGCAGCGUGACGCAUACAUAUUCUCCCGAAUGCCGUGUAUCUUAGUUGCAAAUGUACAGCUUUAUAUAGCCUAACAUAUUUCACACCGUGUUGGUUCCUCAGCCCUAAUCACUCUAGACGAGACCAAUGCCACCCGCUGUCUCAGUGCUUUGCAGCCAGUGCCUUGAGUCUGCAGUUGCUGGAAGAUAACACUCCCCGUCCCUGACGGUGCCACCUGCACCCCCAUCCCCCUGCAGAGACUGGCUAUGCAUAAUGAGUAGUGGUGCUUGUGUGCAUCGAGUGUCUGGCUUUGAACUGAAAAGACGCGAUUAUGCUUAGCUUGCAAAAGGAGCGCGGUCACGCCACGUGCAGUCGACGGGGUAACAAGUCAGAGGAAGAGCACAGCGACCUACCCAAUGCCUAGGCCACUUCAGUGUGCCACCUCAAAUUCUGCAGCAGUUCAAGUAACUCAAGUAUCCGGUUGGUCCCAACAAAUGGUUCAGUUCAGCAAAAUAUUGUUUCUGCUGCUGCACAUCAUUUGCUUGUGAUAGUCUGCUGCUGCACAUCAUUUGCUUCUGAUUUAUCAGUGCUGUGCAACUAGUCUGGUGUUUAUUUUAGCAGGACCCAUGUUUUGAAUAUGGCUUUUUACGGAAGCUGAAGGGCAUUAAACAAUGACCUACGUAAAGCUAACCUUCUCAAAGGCUACUUGUCAAGUAAGAGGUUCUGCCUCUUAACUGGUGCUGCAUCUUGCAAGAUCAAUGUCAAGAGACUCACCAUCAGAGCAGCAAAUCAAGCUUGGGAAGACAAUGUGGCACAGCACAACAGAAAGCACUUGUCAACUGUAGACUAUUGUAUAAAUGCGGUCAAUAGAAGACCACAUUCAAAUGUUAAAUAGUACUAUUUCCUUUCCCAGAUGUAUAUUACUUUAAAAUCUCCUAAAAAGAAAAAAAGCCUGCCACUGAUGACUACAUCAAGCAAUAGACAGGCAGCUACAUUGUUCACCUAUAAUGGUCAGUGCACAAUGGUCGUGCUUGGUAUGCUAAUGGGCAACUAGUUGUUUUGCUAAAAUAUGGAAACCUUUGUACAAGCUGCACUUUAAGCAAGCAAACUGCUUUCGCCACCUUGCAGGCUGCUGUUUUAUGUACAUGGUACCACUCUGCACUUUUUAAGAAUGGCUGACACUAUAUAACGCACAGAGUCAGCUCAUAAAAAACUUCGAAGUGCUUGGUCUCAGCACAGAUGUGUCUGCAACAUGGAGGAGGUGGGGAAGCACUACAUUUAGCUUGUGAAGUCAUUGUACAUUCCUUACUGCCCAUCGAAUGCCAUAAUAAUGUUUGCCACGUAGUUAGUUUUGGCUGCUCCAUUUCACCCCUUUCUACGGUAUACCGGCCCCGAGCAAUUCCCGACGUGCCAGCUGGCACGACGAAUGUGCACAAACAGGGAACUUGUACCUUGCUCUGAUGCUGUAUUCCUCUAGGAUAUCUUUUUGCAAUUAAACAACACAGUGGUCAUCUGUGCGUCGGUAUGACCGAGAUGUCGCUUUUUCUUAAAUAUUUCUUAGUGCCAAAGUGUACAAUGGGAGAACGAGUCGGUGCAUAGCAAAGGCACUAGUUUAUGAUGCAGGACAAAGAUACAGAGAACGUGAGAUUGCCUAUGUCGCUAAAUUCUAGCAUGGUAGUCAAGCUUUUUAGAACAAGCAUCCUUUUUGGGGGCUACUUACAAGGCUGCGCACAGCUGUAAAAAUAUACAGUGCAGACACUGUCAUCACAAAUUGAAAUAAAAUCUUGCAAAGGUGAA